GUGGGCCUGGAACCCGGGGCGUACCUCGGCAGAGAGGCAGCCUACGGAGCGGGCAGGCAGUGGACUGGCCCUCCUGCCGGGGGCGGGCCGAGCGCGUCCUUCCCGGUAGCUUGUCGCUAGUGUGUUCCGCUCCGGCUGCCGGUUUCGCCUGAAUCCACAUCCCCAAAGGUGCUAGGAGGGCAAAGAGUGGUAUUGGUUUUCAUGUUUGCAAACCUCGUGUCUGCCCUAGAAGAUGACAGUGUCAUUCUCCUGCCUGCUUCUGCGCUCUGUGUCGCCACUGCGUGUGUCCCAGAGCCUCCGGAAAACUCCGCCUCACACUCAGAGAGAAUGAGAAAGGAACAGGCAGUUGUGGUGUAACAUUAUUAUGGAAACAAUUUAAACUAAAUGGACCCCCGGGCCGCACUUCGAGAACCGCUGAUUUAAAAUAAUGUGUUUGUUAUCAUAAAAGAAAUUCUGUACGCAUUGUGGAGAAACUUUAAGUGUUCAGAAAAGUGGACGGAAGACCAUGAAAACUGCCCAUCGUGUUACAACCCAGUGUUUGUGUUUUAAUAGUAAAGUGUCCCCACCAACCAGUGGCUGGGAUUCGAGGCAGGUCGGGAGGUUGUACUCGGCCUUCGGGUUUUGAAUGGGGACGAGAAAGCUCUGAUACUCCACAAAGCUGAUGCCGGUUCCUGGUUGCAGGCGGACCUGAGCCGGAACCUUCUCCUUGGCCACUGUCUUUUCCAAGGACCUCGCCUUCCAGAGCCCGCCGGCACAGACCUGCCAGGGGACCCUCUUAGGAGCAGAGAAAAUGGUGGUCUUCAGGCAGCUGUCCCUGGGUGUGAAGGCUGCCCUGGCUGCUGGCACUGUCUUCGUGUCCAUGAUAAUCUCCCGCUCCUACCUGUCCGAGAGCCUUCGGCUGGGAGCCUGGCGCUGGCUGUUCCGCCUGCAGCUUGCCCUGUUUGUCAACUCGCUCAUGCUGAUCGGCUCCCUCUACAUCUGGCGGAGCGCAGUCAGCAACCUUAGCCAUUCCCCAGCCUCGGAGUCAGCCUGCUUUCAGCUUUGGAAGGCGGCCGUUGUGACCUUCCUGGCCUUGGCCCAUUCCAGUUUCUUCACCAUGCUCUUUCUGGUGGCCGAGGAGCCCUAUCUGUUUUCCUUGGCCGCCUACUCCUGCCUCGGGGCGUACAUCAUCAUGCUGUUCUUCCUCUGUACCCUGAGCGGCAUGGAGCAGGCCUACCAGCUCUUGGCCUGGCGCAGUGGCAGGGUGGUGGGCAGCCUUGACAAGACAAGGAAGCUGACCCUCAGGCCGGCCCUGGCGGUGGCGGUGACCGCCGUGCUCAGCAUAGCCGGGCUUCUGAACGCUGCCCAGCCCCCGCUGGUAAAAACCGUGGCGGUGCCCAUCCAUCAGCUGCCCCCCUCGAUGGACAACCUCAAGGUUGUGCUCCUCUCAGACAUUCACUUGGGCCCCACCGUGGGCAGGACCAAAAUGGAGAUGUUCGUGAGGAUGGUGAACCAGCUGGAACCGGACGUCACGGUGAUCGUGGGCGACCUCUGCGAUUCAGAAGCCUCCGUCCUCCGGACAGCCGUGGCUCCUUUGGGCCAGCUUCAUUCACGCCUGGGCACCUACUUUGUCACCGGGAAUCACGAGUACUACACGUCCGACGUCAGCAACUGGUUCGCACUGCUGGAGUCCCUGAACGUCAGGCCCCUUCACAAUGAGAACGUGAAGAUUUCCGCCACAGGGGCCCAGCAGGCUGGUGGUGGGGGUGACGACUGGAUCUGCUUGGCCGGGGUGGAUGACAUCGAAGCAGACAUCCUGCACUACUCCGGCCACGGCAUGGACCUCGAGAAGGCCCUAGGGGGCUGCAGCCCGGACCACGCCACCGUCUUGCUUGCUCACCAGCCCCUGGCUGCCAAGAGAGCCCUUCAGACUCGGCCAGAUAUUAACCUGAUCCUUUCUGGGCACACGCACGCUGGGCAAAUCUUCCCCUUGAACGUGGCAGCCUAUCUCCUGAACCCCUUCUUUGCCGGUCUCUAUCAAGUGGCCCAGACCACAUUUGUGUACGUCAGCCCAGGCACGGCCUACUAUGGGAUCCCCAUGAGACUGGGUAGCAGGGCAGAGAUCACAGAGCUCAUCCUGCAGCGGGCUGUCUGAACCUGGCCCUGCCCCAUCUGCCUCUUAAUUACCCCCUGCCCUCUGUUCUCUGUUCCUCUUCAGAGCAGGUCACCUGCUUUGUGUCCUCCUGCCUCUCCUGCCCAGCCCUGCCCACACACGCUUGUCACGAGGCUGGCCUGAACAGUGAUUUCUGGUGGAGCUGCCUGGCAGGUUAACUCUGUAGACGGCCAGUUGCUUUUUACUAUGCAUUUGUGAGGCCACUAAAGUCACAUGCAUGAGGACAGGCACCUGUUUUCCAGAUGACAUGGAGUAAACCUUCCGUCUCUGCAGAGCUCGUAGGCAUAAACCGAAACAUGGGGUUGCUUGAAAUGUGCACCUCUAGAAAGCAGAGUAGGGAAGGUUCUCUGAGUGCUUUUUAAACCCUCUUUAGGACUUAGGCAGUUUCCAGGACCAUUGAUGUAGAGCUUUCUGGGCAAGGGGCCACAUUGCUAGGUAACCUGGGCGAGCAGGUGAGACGGAGGCCCUUCUGGCUGCUGAAGAAGAAUUUCUUGUCCCCCUUGGUUCUUGCCGAGUCAUCUUUAUUGAGGGCAUCAGCAAAACCUGCUGGAAUACAGAGUUCACCCUGUUCCAGACCUUGAGCGAUGCUAUUUUACUGCCAGCGCUCCUGGGCCUGUGGGGUUGGGGGUGGGGUGGAAAGAAACAGAGCUUCAUGGUGAGUGGUGGUAAUAGUGCUGCGUAGAAAUUCAGAGGGUGUUUGCCUCCUUUUAUACAAUAAUUGGGUGAGGUAAUUAAGGGCAGGCUCCUUCCCCCUGUCUAGAGAUGCAGAAACGGAGGCAACGAGCUGUAGGUAGGGCAUUAGCAACAGGACAAGGUGUGUAGGAGAUUCUGGGCUAGAAGUCAAGUCCGUUUCCCAGUGAAAGUGUUCUUUCCACUGUCGGUGGUCCAGGACCUGUGUCUGAUUCAAAGAGUUACCAGGAUGAAGAGAACAAAAAAGGGCCUAGAAUCUGAUGUUCUUUCAAAGUGGUUGUUUGCUUGAGGCUGAUUUCAGUUCACCCCUAAGUACAUGGGCCAGGGCCUGGAGGGGAGUCAGCUGGUUUCAGUGUGGGACGUCUGUUAACACUGGAGGGAGAGUUAGAAAACUGGAUGCCCCCAACCCUUCACUCUCUUCCAGCAGGGGCAGGGGGGACCAUCCUUCCUACUGGCCAGCUUUCUGCCCCCUGGCCUGACCUCAUCAGACCUGUCCUAGGACUCUGGCCACAGAAUCAGAGGUCCAUCUGUGCUGCCACUGGACCCAUAGCAAAACAGGUGGAGGUUACUAUGUCUGGAGUGACUUUACCUCUAUUGGUCCGGCCCUUAUGAGACCCUUUGGCCCUGGGGUAGCAAUAAGCAGGCAUGCAAGGAAAGGCCUGUCUGAGAAGAUGGAGGACCUGGGCUCAGUGUUGACAUUUUUGUGAUCGACAGUCACUCUGAUGAGAGGUCACCCUGCUGCUCACAGGUCAGGCAAUGAGGUCAGACGUGGCCUCACUGAGCCUCGGUUUCCCUCACCCUAAAUGGAGAUAUUAUCAUAGCUACCUCAACACUGUGUCGUGGGGAGGGCACUGGGACGUGGCACGGGAGUUGCAUGUGGCACAGUCACCGUGGAAGCACGCGGUGUGGCUGCUUUGUAAACAUCAGGCGGGGGCAUGCUAAGGAACUGGGUACAGGUGCCAGGGAACUUACGGAGCAGACAGUCCUGGGGAUGUGAGUGGGUCUCGAGCCUCCUGCUGCUGGGCCCCAGUGAUUUGCUGGGGGGGUCGCUUUCCUCUGCCUGUGUUAAGUCUCCUGUGAACUCCGCCUGGUGGGUAAUGGAAUCCCCGGGGAUCCUGAAGACCACCUUGUUACAUCCAAAGUAUUGACGGCGGGCCUUCCAGUCCAGUGUGGCUGAUUCCACCCUAUGAGACACAAAGCAGGGCCAUCUUAGGUGUCCAAGGAAUAGUCAGCAGCACCUCCCACUUGGCUUGUAUUCCGUGAAGAGGUGGGAGUUUCCCAGCAGAAACUUCUCCUUUACUGUCCAGAUGCGGCCUGGAAGGGCCGCUCUCUCCCGGGCACCCUCUGCACUUCUCUUCCUCACACACUGACCUUCUUUGUUUGUGGCUGGAGGAAGUGGUGAGAAAUAGUUACUUGGAGCUUGAACAUUCUUUCAGCUUCCAUUCUGGAUUUUUUUUUUUAAUCUGUAAAUUCAAGUGAAAUUGAAAUGCUUUUAAAAAACAACAAUGUCAAGUAUAGUAUGAUCCUAUUAUUAGGAUCCUAUUAGGAUCCUAUUAGGAUCCUAUUAUUAGGAUCAUACUAUAUGGGAGAUGUCACUUCAUUCACCCCACUGUCAUCCAUUCCAAACAUCCGUCUGUCUUUUUUCCCCUUUAUUUUGUUUGUUUUGUUGUAGAUUUUUUAUUGAGGAAAUGUAAAAAGUAUUCACGAUGUAGAAAGAAUGGCACCGCUCUCUCAGCACCCAGCAUCAACGAUCAUAGAUAUUCUGAUAUUCUCUGUCACUCAUCCCCACCACACGCUCUUUCUCUUUUGGCUGGACUUUAAUAUUAAGGCAAAUCUUAGAAAAUACAAUGUUACCCCAAAAUACUUCAAGAUGAAUCUCUUCUAGAAAAGCAUACACCUAAUGCCGUUAUACCCAAUGGAAUUAAUAGUAAUUCUUUAACAUCACCUAAUACCUAGUUAGGAGGUGUCGGGGCUGGAAGCCAGGUCUUCUACCUCUCAAUAAAAGUGGUUUUUCCACUGCCUGAGGCUUAAGCCACUGUAUCGGUUACAGGUGACUACCAGGAUUCAAAUGCAGUCUACUGUCGAAAGAGUUAGUAUGCAGUUUUUCCUGAGUAACUCAGUAGGUUUUGUUUUUUUUCUUUGUACUGUGGUAAAAAGCACAAAGCAUAAAAUUUACCACCUUAAUGAUUUCUAAGUGUACCGUUCAGUAGUGUUCAGUGUAUUCACACUGUUGUGGAACAGAUCUCCAGAGCUUUUUCAUCUUGCAGAUGGGAAACUCUGUACCCAUUAAACAAUAACAAACAGUAACUCCUCUUUUCCCCUCCUCUCAGCACCUAGUAACCACCAUUUUGCAGUCUGUUUCUAUGACUUUGACUACUCUGGGUUCCUUAUAUAAGUGGAAUCGCACAUCGUUAUUUUUGCAAUGGCGUCUUUCCCUCAGCAGAAUGUGCUCCGUGUUCAUCCAUGCUGUAGCGUGGGACAAGAGCUCCUUUCUAAGGCUGAGUAAUAGUUCAUUGCAUGUAUAUAUCACAUUUGGUUUAUUCAUUUGGCCAUCAGUGGACAUUUGGGUUGCUUCCACACUUUUUGUUGGUUUGUUUGUUUGCUUCUUGUGACUAGUGCUGCUAUGAACAUGGAAAUGCAAAUAUCUCUUCAAGACCCUACUUUCUGUUCUUUUGGAUUUAUACCCAGCAGUGAGAUUUUUGAGGAACCUCCAUACUGUUCUCCAUAGCAGUUGGACCAUUUGACAUCCCACCGACAGUGCACAAGGUUCUCAUUCCUCUGUGUUUUCACCAGAACUUGUUACUGUUUGUUUUUUUGUUAGUAGUGUGAGAUGAUAACUUACUGUGGUUUUGAUCGGCAUUCCUCUGAUGGUUAGUGACGUUGAGCAUCUUUUCAUAUGCUUGUUGAUCGUUUGUUUAUCGUCUUUGGAGAAGUGUCUGUUGAAAUAUUUCCCCCAUUUCUAAAUCAGGUUAUUUAACUCUUUGUUGUUGUUGAGUUAUAAGAGUUCUUUUUAUAUUCUGUAUUAUUAACCCCUUAUGAGAUAUAUGAUUUGCAAAUUUUAUUCUAUUGCCCUUAAUGAGCAAAAGUUUUUAAGGAUGUCCCACUUGGUUAUUUUUUUUGCUUUUGGUGCCUGUACUUUUGGUAUCAUAUACAAAAAAUCAUUGCCAAGUUCAAUAUCAUGAAACUUACAAUCCAUUUCAAGUUAAUUUUUAUAUAUAAUGUAAGGUAAGGGUCCAACUUCAUUCUUCUGCAUGAGAAUAUCUAGUUUUCCCAACAUCAUUUGUUGACAAGACUAUUCUUUUGCCAUUGAAUAGUCUUGGCACCCUUGUCAAAGACCAUUUGAGCAUAUAUGUGAAGGUCUAUUUAUGGCCUUUUAAAAAAUAUAUUUAUUUUUAGAGGCAUGUGCCCUGACUGGGAAUUGAACUUGCUACCCUUUGGUUGGCAGGCUGGUACUCAGUCCACUGAGCCACACAAGU